CCUCGCAGGAAUUUCACUACCGGUUUUUAGUGUUUUCGACGGAGCUAGGGGACGUCCAUGCUCAACACCAGCAGCUACAGACAGUGUAUGUGACAGAGAGCCACGUGUUUUUGGUUUUUAGUUUUCAUUGCUGUGUUAUCAAUCGCGCACUAGCUCUGAUGGCAAAGAGACGCACCGAGGACACUGUGCUGAACGACUCUCCCUCCAAAAGAUGUUUCCGCUCCCUUUGCAGAGUUGACAUGCAGCUGGAGAGCAUGGCUCCGACGGGGGGUGUGAACCCACCGUCUCUGAUGGCUUUGUUGGGCAGCCGCUGCAGGAAAAGGCCGUACUACUUCGAGGACCUCGAGAGGCAAGAGGAAGAAGGAGCUCUUUUUCCCAAGACGACACACUGCGACACAAGGAAGCCAGCAGCAAGUGUUUUGACUUCUGGAAGUUUCCAGGAGCAUCGCAGCUCCAGCACAGUCACAGCAUGCACCAAGAAACGACCUAGAAAGGACUGCACAAGCUCAGAGGGCCCGAUACCUAAAGCUAACGAUAAAGCCGACACAGACACCGAAGACUGCACAUACAACUCCUUCCAGUUCUGGAGGGUCCCCUUACCUGAACUUGACCUUUCACUGCUAGAAGAUGACCAUUCCCAAACAAAAGAAAAGCCAAAAGAUGCCAUGGAGACCUGAGGAUGCUUGGUACAGGGCCUAGGUUUGUUGUUGUCUGCCCUGUUUUCAGCAGGCAAACACGAUGAGCACCUUGUGACACUUUAGUAAAGUCGCUUGAAAUGUGUCCGGGUGAGAUGCAACAAGUGGGUGUCCCUUGUCAGAGCAAUACAGGUUGCAGAAAGGACACAAUACUGUCCAUACAGUUCUGAAAGGGAUGUCUGACAGCUUUGUGUGAAAAGCCUUUCUGGUGUACAGUAAUAACUGCCAUCUGUACUUUCAUGCUAAAGCCCUGGUACCAAAACUAUGGUAGACCAGUAUUCCUAUUAGGUUACAAUAUAUAUUAAAGUUUGUUGUGCAGAUAACACAAAGCAUCACAACAUUUUUCAGAGCUAAUUUGUUUUAACUGUCCCAUUUUUUCGAGGGGAUAUAUUUUAAACACCACUUUAAAGGCUUCGAUGUCUGCUGUAUUGCACUUUUAUUCCAUUGCUGUUAGAGUUGUUUUCAUUGGUAAUAAAAGAGCUUCCUCUAAUCAUC